ACAGGAAUACAUUCGUGGAACAAGGUGCCCCUUUCUCUUGGCACCCAUUUCGCCAUUGUCUUCUUCUGCACGAACCCUUCUCUCUCCUCCGAAACUUCUCCAUCACUCUUGCUUCUCAAGCACACUUAUUUAGGGUUUGUCUUUCAUUAAAAUCAUCACUGCAAAAAGUAGCAGGAGCUCAAGAACACGAGAAUGAGUGUUUCAAAGUUCAUAAAAUGUGUCACUGUUGGUGAUGGAGCUGUUGGCAAGACUUGUAUGCUCAUUUGUUACACAAGCAACAAGUUCCCCACUGAUUAUAUCCCAACGGUUUUUGAUAAUUUCAGUGCUAAUGUGGCUGUGGAUGGAAAUAUUGUCAACUUAGGAUUAUGGGAUACUGCUGGUCAGGAAGAUUAUAGCAGAUUAAGGCCACUGAGCUACAGAGGUGCGGACGUAUUUGUGUUAGCUUUCUCUUUAAUCAGUAGAGCGAGCUAUGAAAAUGUCCUGAAAAAGUGGAUGCCUGAACUUCGCCGAUUCGCACCAAAUGUUCCAGUAGUACUCGUCGGAACAAAAUUAGAUCUUCGUGAUGACAGAGGAUAUUUAGCUGAUCAUUUCGGUUCUAAUGUCAUUACAUCUGCUCAGGGUGAGGAACUGAGGAAACAAAUUGGUGCAGCUGCUUAUAUAGAAUGCAGCUCAAAGACUCAACAGAAUGUGAAAGCGGUUUUUGAUACGGCGAUUAAGGUUGUUCUUCAACCUCCAAGGCGGAAGGAGGCAGUGAGGCAAAAAAGGCGUAAAACCUCUGGUUGCUCGAUUAUGGGCAUUAUGUGUGGUGGUUGUGCUGCAUAGAGGUGAAAGUGAAACCAUUGAUGUUAGUUUGUCGAUUUUAUUAUGGUGAAGGAUUUAUGUGUGAAUGAAUGUUGUUAAUUAGGGGUAGUUAAUAUAGUUAGAUAAUUUCGCCAUUUUUGUUAUUACAUUAUGGUUUUUGCUCGAAUGUAUGUCGAAUGCGGUGGUGUGUUUAUUGGUCAGAGUGGUUUUGAUUGCACAAAGCCGCUUGCAAUCACCACCUGCCGCCGCCGCCACCACUUCUGACCACCAUGCGGUUGUUGAUGUCGGCGAGUUAUCUCUCUUGUUAAGAAUCAUGUGCCAAAUUUGUAUUUUACCUCCUUUUUUGUGUUUGAAUUCAAGAUUUGUGUGUGAUGGCAA